CCCCACCCGUCUCCCCGGCCCCGCCCCGCCGCUCGCCCGGUCCGGUUCCUCCCCCGCCCCUUGAUCCUCCGCGUUUUCCUAGCAGGCCAGGCUGCCCUUAGCCUGAAUUACGCCCUCCCGGCCUAGGGUGUCGCUGUACCGGCUUCCGAGCUCCACACAGACAAAUCCAGCGCUCAGGCAGGGGUAGGAGGCGGAGCGAGGCGGCGGGGGGCAGUGUCGCCGCGGACUAGGGACGGCGGUGUCGGUGGUCCCUGCGCUAUGGCCGCCUCGGUGUUUUGCUGCCUGCCGUGCUGCAGAGACGGCGGGACCGGCCACAUCCCUCUGAAGGAGAUGCCGGCUGUGCAGCUAGACACGCAGCACAUGGGAACAGAUGUUGUCAUUGUAAAGAAUGGAAGAAGAAUAUGUGGAACAGGAGGUUGUUUAGCCAGCGCACCUUUACAUCAAAACAAAAGCUAUUUUGAAUUCAAAAUCCAGUCCACAGGAAUCUGGGGUAUCGGUGUUGCCACUCAGAAGGUUAACUUGAAUCAGAUUCCUCUCGGCCGAGAUGUGCACAGUCUGGUGAUGAGAAAUGAUGGAGCCCUGUACCACAACAACGAAGAGAAAAAUAGGCUGCCAGCAAACAGUCUUCCACAGGAGGGAGAUGUGGUGGGUAUUACAUAUGACCAUGUGGAAUUAAAUGUAUAUUUGAAUGGAAAAAACAUGCAUUGUCCAGCAUCAGGAAUACGAGGGACGGUGUAUCCAGUUGUUUAUGUUGAUGACAGUGCAAUUUUGGAUUGCCAGUUCAGUGAAUUUUAUCAUACGCCUCCUCCUGGUUUUGAAAAAAUAUUAUUUGAACAGCAGAUCUUCUGAAUGUAUUUGUUUUUGAAACUUGUAUUUCUGCACUGUUCAAAAAUGUUUAUCAUUUAAUAAAGCUUUACCUGGCCUAUAGAUGAAAAUAUAUUCUUAAAAAUAUGCUUCUUAAUGCUGUCUAAGGAACCAGUGUAUUCAUUAUAGCACCCUGAAGUUGUGAUUUAAAAUACUUUAUGUUUUGUGAAAUGAAAAUAAGCAUUUGGGCAGUUUACUUAAUUCUUAUUUAAAUAAAUAGAACUGGAUUUAAUGAACAGUAUUACAUGGCUAUAUAGAUAUAUAUAUUUAAAGAGGACUCUUUCUUACAUAAUAUAUUUGUUUUGAUAGAGAUGUAGAGUUGGGUGGGUGUUUUUGUCACUCUGAAGUUUAGACCUCAUUAGGUAUUUUAGGUCUGCAGUUGGAUAAUUUUGCAUCUCUAUCCUUUUUUAUAUACAAUAUAACAAAGUGAAAGAAAUUUAUAUUAUUGGGAACUUCAUUUUUGGCGAUCUAUUUACUGUAUCAUGUACCACUUUGCUUAAAACUUAAAUUGCUUAUUUUGUUGUGUAAUGUCAUUGCUUUUGGUUUUCUCUGUGAAAGGAGAUAAACGUUUCAAUAAUUGUCAGAGCAUUUUAUUGCCUCAUGCUAUGUUACCUCAAUUUCAGAGUAAGUAGUGGUUGAUUAGUAAUGUAGUGUAUACUGGCAGACAUUUAGAGUAGUAUAUAUAAUGCUUUACAUUUAAAUGAGAUUAUUCUUUUAAGGAUUUUUAUUUGUAUGUUUUCUGGAAUAAAUAAUUGUAAUUAAGGAAUGUAUAAUACUAUAUUAAACACAUUCUUCCUA